GAGGAGUACUACAGCAUCAAGUCCCGCAGUGAGCUGAUGUUCGAGAAGCAGUCGACGAGACAUGGGUUUACCAAACGGUCCACGCCUGCCGCAGUGGUGAAGCCACAGGAGGAAGACAGCGUGACGGAUCAGCUGUACGGCGAGAUCAAACCAGCUGUGGACGGAGCCAACUACAUCGUCAAACACAUGCACAACAAGAACGACUACAACGAGGAGAAGGACAACUGGAGCGGUAUUGCUCGGACGGUGGACCGCCUCUGCCUCUUCCUCAUCACUCCGGUGAUGACUCUUGGUACCAUCAUCAUCUUCCUGAUGGGCCUCUGUAACCACCCCCCAUCCCUGCCCUUCAAAGGAGACACACAUGACUACACAGAGGCCAGUGCACGCCUGCUGAAUCAUUGAAGAAUCUGUUCAUGUCCCCAAAUCAGAAUACAGAAGAGUUAACAUCAGGGUUUUGACUGUAUCGUUGAACACUGAUCAGGUCAGUGGUUUGUAAAAACCAGUGGUGGGCAGCAUUAACCUAAAAGUUUGUUCCACUAGCCCUAAAGCACUAACUCAAAAAUAUAGGUCCUCUAAUUCUAAAGCACUAACACACUAAAAAA